CUUUUGCUAUCGACGCGCUCUGUCUAGACUCACUCCGUCACAAAUGGCUCUAAACUGCGAGCCUUUGUGCUGUUUCAGCGAAAGAUUAUACUUUACUACAUUUCCACACCCCCCUCCAACCCCAAACUCUCUGAACCGUCUCGCGUCAGAAUCAGGGAUACAACCGCCGCUUCGCUCACGGUCUCGUGAAGACCCCAAAGCAUGUCCCAAAGAUGAAGAUGUACCCUAUUACUUCUUCACCAUCGACGACCAGCUCUUGUACCUAUCUUUCUAUAAAGAUUGGGGACCUUUGAACCUCGCGCAGGUCUACAAGGCCUGCAUCCUGAUACAUGAAUUGCUGGAGGAUAAGGAACUGGCCAACCACAGGCUCGUCCUAUACUCAUCGAGUAACCCCAAGCGCAAAGCAAAUGCCGCGCUCCUGAUGGCUCUCUAUGUGAUGAUCGUGCAACGCCGUGCGCCUUGGGAAGCGUUCCAUCCAAUAGCAGAGCUCGAGUUCAUGCCCUUUAGAGACGCUGGAAAGGGCCCUUCAGAUUUCAAUCUAAAUAUCCAAGACUGCCUUUGGGGAGUAUGGAAAGCGAUGCAACACGGUCUUUGCGACAUGAACGAGUUCAGUGUCGAGGAGUACGAGUACUACGAGAAAGUGGAGAACGGAGACUGGAAUUGGUUAACCCCGGGAUUCAUUGCGUUCGCGUCACCCAACGACCCCAAUUACAUCCAUGCCCGGAAGGACAUUCACGAUUCGCCAGGUCUAUCGCGCUCGACGUCUGGUAGCAGUAACCUGGCUCUCCAACGCAAACUACCGACAACCUUCCAGAACUGCCUCGACUACUUCCAAAAGCGAAACAUCAAACUGGUCGUGCGACUCAACACAAAGUUAUACGACAAGAAAGCCUUUCUUGAUGUCGGAAUCGAUCACCUGGAACUAUACUUCGAUGAUGGAACAAACCCCACGGACGAAAUUGUCCGAACUUUCCUGGACGUCUCCGACCGCAUUAUUGAAAGUGGUGGUGUCGUUGCUGUUCACUGCAAAGCAGGUCUCGGUCGAACUGGUACCCUCAUUGGUGCUUAUUUGAUCUGGAAGUACGGCUUCACAGCAAGCGAAGCUAUUGCUUUCAUGCGUAUUGUGCGCCCUGGUAGCGUGGUCGGUCCACAGCAGCAGUACAUGUAUUUGAAGCAGCUGGAGUGGACCAAGUGGGCGGCCCUAGACGAGUUGAAAAAACAACAACUCAAAGACAAUACCACACCACCCUCUACGGCCGUUGCAGCACCUGCUACACCGCCUGCCGAAUCCGACGAAGAGAUGGAGAACCGCGAGGGGACGCCACCGAUGAAUACCGUUUCAUUACCCCCAGUUACCCCGAGUCGACAUGUUGCUGUGGCUGCUGCCAAGGCCAAGGCCAUUCCCGCACCUGGCCAACCACGGAAAACCCCGAACGCGAAGCGUGUCGCCCAAGUGUUAGAGGACGACGAAGACGAAGAAAACGACGUGCUACCUUCCCUCGACCUUGUCCCUGCCGCCAAGAAGGCUAGGACCUCAAAUCCAAGGACAGUGACGAGCUCGGAGCAGAUAUCACGAGUGACGAGAUCUGGAGUGGACCGGGCCAAUCCCAGAAAAGCUGCUGCUCCAGCACGUCCACCUGAGUCACCUGUCAAGAACGCUCGCCAAGCUCCCAACAAGAUCCCUCGCCUCGCCCCUACAACCAGACCCAACACUAGAGCUGCAGCUAACGCCGCACAGCAACUCCAAACACGCACCCUGCGUAACGCAGGGCCGUCACCAGCGCCGUCCCGUCUACCCACUUUAAUCCCCAAGAAACACCAAGCUACCCUCAGCGAGUCCAAUCCCGUGGCGGCUACCAAGAAGAAGGCCGCAGCUGGAUCUCCUGAUGCAUGGGUAAACAACAACCCAGCAGCCGUCGUCGUCCCAGCAUCCAAAUCCGCUCGGCCUGGUCUGAGACCAGUUCGAAGACGGAGAAGCAGUUUCAGCAAUGCUGAUAUUGUUGCAUGA